ACCAACCCUACAAGAUGCACUUAGAACCCCCGCGGCUGGAAGAAUGAGCUUGUCCUUCCUCCUCCUCCUCUUCCUCAGCCACCUAAUCCUCAGCGCCUGGGCUCACGGGGAGAAGCACCUCGCCCCCAAAGGGCAACCCGGACCCGCAGCCACCGGUCGGAACCCGGCGGGCGCCAGCAGCAGUAGGAGCAGCAGGGGCACGACGUCUUCCUCUUCUUCCUCCGUCUCCUCCUCCCCCUCGGCUUCUCUGGGCAACCAAGGAAGCGGCUUGGAGCAGAGCAGUUUCCAGUGGAGCCCCUCGGGGCGCCGGACCGGCAGCCUCUACUGCAGAGUGGGCAUCGGUUUCCAUCUGCAGAUCUACCCGGAUGGCAAAGUCAAUGGCUCCCAUGAAGCCAAUAUGUUAAGUAUUUUGGAAAUAUUUGCUGUGUCUCAGGGGAUUGUAGGAAUACGAGGAGUUUUCAGCAACAAAUUUUUAGCGAUGUCAAAAAAAGGAAAACUCCAUGCAAGUGCCAAAUUUACCGAUGACUGCAAGUUCAGGGAGCGAUUCCAAGAAAACAGCUAUAAUACCUAUGCCUCAGCAAUACACAGAACUGAGCCAGCAGGCCGGGAAUGGUAUGUGGCCCUCAACAAGAGAGGGAAAGCUAAGCGAGGCUGCAGCCCGCGGGUUAAACCCCAGCACAUCUCUACCCACUUUCUGCCAAGAUUCAAGCAGCUAGAGCAGCCAGAACUUUCUUUCACAGUCACUGUUCCUGAGAAGAAAAAGCCACCCAGUCCUGUCAAGCCAAAGGUUCCCCUUUCUGCACCUCGGAAAAGUCCCAACACCGUGAAGUACAGACUCAAAUUUCGCUUUGGAUAAUAUUCUUCUUGGCCUUGUGAGAAACCAUGCCUUCGCCUCAGGAGUUUCCACGGGUGUCUUUACGGCUCUGAAGAAAAACGUUCGGAUACACCUGCAGCUACACUCCACCGUAGUGAAGUCCAGUCACUUGUUUCAGCGCGACUGAAACAAAACUGUUUUCUGAUAGGAACUGAACUGGAAUUCUUUGUCCAACAUAGGGAGCACACUGCUUCAGUCAGGACGACAUAAAGCCUUUUGCUUUAUGCUUCGUGCAU